AUGCGGACUUUUGCAGCUUUGACGGGCCUGCUGGCCUACUGCGCGACAACUGUUUCGGCCACCGCAUUGACUUACCGCUUGGAGGCCCACGAGCGCGCGUGCUUCUUCACGAAUGUCGAGACUAAGGGAACCAAGGUGGCCUUCUACUUUGCCGUCCAAUCCGGUGGCUCCUUCGACGUUGACUACGCAGUCACUGGCCCUGGCGAUCGAGUAAUAUUAGAUGGCACUAAGGAGCGCCAGGGCGACUUCGUCUUCACGGCCAACGACGAGGGCGAGUACCGCUUCUGCUUUAACAACGAGAUGAGCACCUUCGCUGAGAAGACGGUGGACUUCGAGAUCGCGGUACGGGCACCUUUCCAUCCCACUAUUAUCCCCGAUACUUCCUUUUUCGAGGCUCUCACCCCGCCUCAGCUCCAACGCUGGAUCUCCAAUUACAAUUCAAGAUAUGAGAAAGGCAUGAUGUCUAACGCAGGAGCCCCACAGGUCGAGAACGAGGUUCGCGCACAGCUGCCGAGCAAACAGGGAUCGACUCCGGAGCAGACGAGCGUGCUGGAGGAGAGUAUAUUGAAGCUGAGCGCACAGUUGAGCACCAUCAGCAGGAGCCAGAAGUACUUCAGAACGAGGGAGAACCGGAAUUUCAGCACGGUGAAGAGCACGGAGAAGCGGAUAUUUAACUUCAGCAUGAUGGAGCCAGGGAACCUGUACGGUCUCCUCCAGCCUGGGCUGCCGCCUCUGGGCUUAUUUGCGCUGCCGAGACCGUCUGGUCACCCUCCCCUUCACCCAAACGUAGACAGCAGCAACAAGCGAAAGCGCGUUGAGUUCAUCGACCUCACCUCCGACGCUGACGGCACUUCCACGGAACUUCAACCCCACUCCGUCAAGCGACCUCGUCUUUCACCGCCCAAGAGCGCUCCGCCGCAACUGUCACCCACGAAGAAGAGGAAGAAGCAGCCUAUCGGCGCUCUCCGCAAGAAGCAGCAGGACGAGCAGGUCGCGCAAUCAACAGCUGACGAACAGUUAGCCGGGAAGCUGCAAGAAGCGCAGUCGACGGCUGACGAACAACUAGCCAGGGAGUUGCAAGAAGUUGAGCACCGCAACGGUAAGGCACGGAGGUUGAGGAAUAAGAUUGGGAGUCCUGAGAAGUGUGGAGAGCGUAGCCAGCGUCAACGGAGCUUGAAGAGCGCGAGUCCAGAGAAGCGCCUAGGCAAGAAGCUUUCAGUCUAUGAGGAGUUUCAGAGGAUUGAAGAAGAAGCUGCGCAAGGUAAACAGAGGCAGCGGAGUUUGAGGAUUGCCAGCCCAGAGAAGCACUCGCAACGUACACUGAGGAGCAGCAGCCCUGAAAAGCAACCGGGCAAGAAGCUUUCCGUCUACGAGGAAUUCCAGACGAUUGAACGAGAAGCUGCACAAGGCAAGCAUCCAAGCAAGAAGCGCUCAGUCUACGAGAAGGCCCAGAAGAUUCAGCAAGAAGCCGCACAAGGCAAGCAUCCAAGCAAGAAGCUUUCCGUCUACGAAGAGUUCCAGAAGAUUCAACAAGAAGCCGCUCAAGGUCAAUCCACGCGAACCAAGAAGCGCAUUCUUCGAAGUGCCAGCCCAGAGAAUUCCACCAAGCGUACGCGUCGAGGCAACACCCCCGAACAACGAAAGGCCUCCAAGCAGAGCACACGAGCCACGAUGCACCGUAUCAACUCCACUGAGGAGCUGAACACUCUAGAAGCGCAACUCCGAACCCAGUCUCGCGCUCCAGCAUCAGCAGAAGACGACCGCCGCAAGAUGCCGCCACCGCCUCCACCUAUGAACGCAACAGAUUAUCCUAUGCUGUCUGCCCAGAACACAGCAGGUCACACUAUGCUGCCUGCCCAGAACACAACAAGUCAUCCUAUGCUCUCUGCCCAGAACAUAACGGGCCAUCCUAUGCUCUCUGCCCAGAAUAUCAGCGGCGAUAUCAUUCCCAAAGGCACUCAGUCCAGGCCCAUGAAUCCCUUGAACCCUCCUAUGUCGCUCCCUACCAACCAAGACAUACUACACAAAUCCAAAAACGCCCGCGUCACAAAGCAAUCAUACCACACUGCGCACAAACAACCCUACUCCACGCAAGAGACCCAGCGCCUCGCGCAGUUCCACGAUGCCUCCCUCCGUGCCCAAGAGCGCACCCGGCAGGAGCGGCAGGAGGUCGAGACUUACAUCCAAAAUCACACUCGACAGCGCGAAGCCUCGCAAAAUGGCGUACACAUGUUCGAUGUCGAAUAUACCCACGUUGCGUUCGAUAUGUGCCAAUAUUUCAACUCAAUAGACUACCGCUACGGACAUCUCCCGAGCAUGAACCCGGAUCUGCCAGUCCCGAGUAUCGAACAUGAGCAUUUGGGGGCGGCGCAUGAUCGGAGCACUCCCGUCGUCGUUCCCCCACUCGAGGAAGUUUUCGGCCUGGGACGCGAGCCCGCAGGACCGGACAUCCUCGUCGACCUCACAACCCAUGACCCUGAGAGUACCGAGAAAGAGCUUACACCGCUGUUCGACGCCCCCGUUCCCCACGACCGGUUCAUCAACGCUUUCGAGCUUCCCGCAUACAAUCCUAUCACCGCUUCGGAUGCGGACUUCUUCCCCCUCGAGGCUGGACAUGAGACGGGAACCUUUCUGGAGCCUGAGUGGGAUAAACAGGAGGGGUGUUGGAGGGCACCGGAGCCGGGCACAACGCAGGAAGGUGCCAUCGUGGGAGAGCUAUUGCAAUAUGUGCAAGAAGAGAAGACUUGCGAUUGGACCGAUGAGGCGUCGGGAUGGGUCUAA